GAAGGGGACAAAAUAGUAGCUGUGCUUUUGGUAAAGAACUUGGACUUCUAUUUUCUUGCAACAGAAACAUCUCUGAUCACUUGCCAUGUCCCUUAAGCGUGGCUUUGAAGGCAUGUUGUUCUGCUGGGGCUGCGGGGAGCUGGGGCAGGAUGGACACGGAGGAACUGCAGUUGUGAAAUCAGAAGACGGUCUGCUGGACGCCUUCACACCGCAGAAACUGGGACGGGUCAAGCUGUUCGCUUGUGGGUCAAGCCACUCUGUAGUUGUAACAGUUGACAACAGGAUCUUUGCCUGGGGUAAUGGUAGCAGUGGACAGCUUGGCAGUGGGGAGAGGUCCAUGAAAACCUAUCCGGUGGAAGCUUUUUUGCCAUCCAAUCGGGACGAUGAUGUCACUGCCAUUGAGGUGGCCGGAGUAGCUUGUGGCAGCCGGCACACGUUCAUCUGGACUCAAUCCGGACAUGCUUACAGCUUCGGUAAUAACUUCUAUGCACAGCUGGGUUACGACUUCAGGAAAGUUGACUUCAAAGAACAUCAGCUGAUGCCACAUUUAUUGAGGACCCUAGUCUUUCACAAAGUAAAGCAAGUGGCCUGCGGGGAACGCCAUACUCUUUUUGCACUAGAGGAUGGGAAGGUGGCUGCCUGUGGAAUAAAUGAUUAUGGUCAGAUUGGCACAGAUGCCCAAGAAGAUGCCACAGUGCCUCGUAUCCUUGAAGACUUUGAUAACGUCUCUAAAAUAGCCUGCGGAGCCAACCACAAUCUAGCUGUGACAGGCGAUGGGAAGGUUUUUAUGUGGGGUUGCGGCCGGGCUUGUGGAAAUCUCAAACGGGACUUACGCCUUCCUGAACAAGUGGAUAUACCUCACUCUCGUGUCAUUGCUGUAUCGGGCGGCUGUUGGCACAGCCUUCUACUGACAGAUGAUGGGAACAUGUACUCCUGGGGGACAGGGCAGGAGGGGCAGCUGGGACAUGGAGAAACCACAACUUUUCUGUCUAAACCUCAGCUCCUCUGCUCUGAACUUCUUAAAGGAGCCAUCCGCAAGAUCGAUGCUGGGGAUUGCUACAGCUCUGCGCUCACAGCUAAUGGAGAGUUGUUUAUGUGGGGGAGAAACUGCCAUGUAAUUGAUGGAAACCAACCAGCGUCCCAUAAAUUCUGGAGCCCGCAGAAGGCUGAUGUCAGUAACCAGGCUGUGUGUGACAUCAGCUGUGGGUCGUGGCACACCAUGAUCCUCACAGGAAUUCCUAAAGGGAGGAGCCCUGGGAAUAAGGAAUCGGAUUUCAGAGAAACUGGAGCUAGCUUCAAAGACGACAGCAACUAUCCCCAACUGAUAGAACUUCUACCAAAAGAAAACAGCAGCAGAAAGCACACCGGUGAUCUCCAGGCCCCUCCGAACCAAGCAGAGGUUUUGUUGCAUUCCCAGUCUUCUCAACCUUCCAGCCAGCCUAAGAACUCUCCAUUUGAUGGCAUGGAUCAAACAGACCUUAACAGAAAGAAUCAUUCAGAUGGUACAACAGUUCAAGAUGCAAGUGCUCUGUCUGCGAAGGAAAAACAAGGAAAUAGCUGCUCAUCAAUCAAACUACAAGAGGAGAAUGUCAGAGUCCUUAUUCCAAGGGGAAAACGGUUCAGAAAUAGGCAAGCCUUCAGCUGUCUGCGCUCACCUUUGAUUCCAGACUGCUUGUGCAGUGGAGAUGCAGAUUACCCCAACACAUUGCCUGAGAUGAGGAGAAAGCCCAAAUGCAGAUCUAGACCCCAAACUGCUGGUAGCCCGUGGACCAGCAGCAGACAGCCUGGGAAUGGGGACAGUUCCUCCAGCACAAACUUCAGUAAAGCGAGUCACCAGAGUGGCAGAAUCCCUGGCAGGGAGCCCGGCUGUGCACUGCAUCCAAGAGCGAGACCAGAAGGGCAGGAGUCAGGGCCUCGUCACGGGAGCAGGCCCAGAACGGCUCACCCUCACCUUUCACCUUUGGCUUCUCACUCCACCGCCUCCUCCUCCCUCAUUGUAACCCUAAACCCUUCGGAGAGGCUUGCUGGCCGGCCUGUUUACCAACAAGCAAUUUACUCCUCAGGAACAGCUUGGAAGCACAUAUCCAGGUCACCUGACCCUGUGUUGUCACAGAAGCGUCCAGCUUCAGAAACCAUCCAACAGUCAAGCCAAAAAUAGUGACCUUUGACACCAGUGGAUUUAAGCAUUGUCACUCGGUAUUAAACUUGCUGUCAGGCGUAAAGCUGUUGAUGUGAAAUAAGAGAAAGGAGGAAUUUUAUUGUUGAAUUAUUUACAGCCCAGGGUUACUGAAACAUGGCUUUAUGUGUGGAAAUGUAUACUGAACAUGGGUAGACAGAAGUAAAGGUGUGGUCCUGCUCUGGGUGUUUGGACAAACAUUGAUAAUCAAUUCAAGCAUUUAUUUGAUCUACUUUCCGAAUAAUUACCAGCAGUGUUAGGUUGGUUGCAACAGCACCAUUUAAACAUGUUUUAAAAAUUUGCUCUCACUCAUUAAUGUGUAUCAGGAUAAAUCACAAACAACUCAUAUGCCAUGAAAGUGCAUUUGUUUACAUCCAUAUACUUUGUGUUGGUCUGUUAAAUGACUAUGAAAGUAUUGCAUUUCUGUUAAUUGUGUGUUUUUAGCAGAAAUUGUCAAUUAUAUGUCAUUUUAAGAAAUAAAGGUUUUUUUUGUUUAUUUUUUUAAAUAAAUGUAAUGAUUGAGUGGAACAUAGAACAAAGCCCUCAGAAUUUGUUUUCUCCAAAAUGCAUAUCUUAAUAGAUAACUUGUACACAGUAUACUACAGUACAUACUGUAUAUAGACUACCCAUACAGUUUAAAGGGAUGUUUGUACAGUUUAUAAGUUUACCUGAAUGAUCCAUUUUGAAAGUAGAGUAAUAAUAAUACUAGGCUGCAAAUAUUACAAUAAAGAACCCCCUUGUAUUAUUUAUUUUAUAAGUAGAUCAGUAUAUAGUAACUAAUAACACAGCAUUUGCUAACAUAUCAGUAAGCCAAACCGUUUAUUACACAAAAAAGGCACCCCUUAAAAUAAAGCAUGAGCUUUUUUGAUUUUUUAUGAGUCACCCCUGCUGCUCCUUUGCAGCAGAUCUGAACUCAGCACCUGUUAACCUCAGGAUAUAGGGUAAGAGAAGAAUGGGAAUUAGAGAUGUGUUCAUAUUUCUGAGCUGUGCUAUAGUGGCUGAAUGCAGCUGUCAUGUAGAAAUAUUGGACUGUACUGAAACUGCAGUAUUCACAAUGUUUUAUAGUGUCUGGAAAGGGUGCUGCAGAAUUGGAUAUCUCUCCAGAAGGUGACGUGGUUUUGGUCCAUUUUUAUCAUUAAAUGAAAACCACAAAGCUUCCCGCCGCGUGCAUCAGCUGCUCUAACAGAGUCUGCGUGCGUUUAAUUUCUGACAGAUUUAUAAUAAACGUCAGGUUAUUAUUAACUCUUCCCACUUUGACGUGUUUUGAUUUAGCACCAAUGGGAAGAGUUAUUGCAAAGAGUGAGUAUCUGCUGGGCUCGAAAGAGCUGCUUUCAUAAUUCAUUUGGAGAAUGUCUACUUAGUCAAUCACAUGGUUUGUAAUCACAAAUGCUGCCAGAAAUUACAUGAAUGAUGAACUGUAAAAAAAGCGGUUACUUUUGUACUUCAUGUGUUAACUGUUAUUGGCAACGUUCUUCCUCCAGGGAGACCAUGCCAGUGAAACACAGCCCCAGUAUAAAGGUGUUGCGUAAUAUUCACUUAGACUUUAUAUAGACAGAUAGAAGAUAAUGGGCAUGAUAAUUAUUACUGGGCAACACUUUAGA